AUGGCCGCUUCCGCUACGCCCAUCCCUAUCCGAUCCCACAGCACCACCUUCUUCGAGCUGCCGCUCAAGAGGCGCAAGCAGCGUCGCCUGCUCGAGCAGGAGCAGCGCCAACGGGCCCUUCUGGAGGCCGAGGAGGAGUCACGCUCCGAGGCGUGGAACUACAUUAUCGAGUUCCUGCAAGCUUCCGAGUGGUGCGAUCAAAUGGGCCAGAUCACAGUGGUAUACGAUGCCGUUCCGACCAUGGACGGGCUCGAGUCCUACGGCUUCCUGGACGAGAAGGAGGGCACCAUUGCAUGCCGGCGACUGUUCAAAGCUCCCGUCGUGUGGGACGAGCUGGGCCGCGGGCUCUGGAAGCUCCUGCGAUCCGUCGCGGACCAGAAGCGAGCUGCUCUGGACGAAGUCGCCAGGGCCAACGCGUGGAACUCGGCUGCCACCGAGGCCUCAACCUCACUCACCAGCUCGCGGAGGUCAUCGUCACGGCGGGCGUCGGAGGAUUCAUGUGCGACAACAACGUCUGGCGAGUCGGUGUCUGGACACGCCUCGCUGAGCUCGUCGCCCCCCAGGAAGGGCAGCGUCCCUCGCAUCUUUUCCCGAAUCACAGCUCGGCGAUAG